GGAUGCUUACAGAAUCAAUCAAUUUGUGAUUGAUUGUAAACAAUCAUCCGACGUCAAUUCCGUAACAUCUCUUAUCAAAAAUAUCUGUUAGUGCUUUGCGAAACAUUUUUUCUAUUCAGUAUAACUCUUUUAUGUUAUCAAGAAGUUUAAUUUAAAAUGGCUAGUUCUCUAUUGUUAGCUGGUAGAGUUGCUAUUAUAACAGGAGGUGGAGGAGGUAUCGGACGGACUGUAAGCAAACUUUUCGCUAAAGAAGGUGCUACAGUCAUUGCUACUGAUAACAAUGAAUCUGCUUUAAAGGAAACUAUCCAAAUGAUGCCUGAUGCUGAUAAACAUUUUUCCCAUGUUAUUGAUGUUUCUCAAAGUGAGUCUGUUGCAUCUUUCGUGCAAAAGAUUUCAAAAGAGUGUCCUACUCCUGAUGUUUUGGUUAACUGUGCUGGCAUUACUAGAGAUUGUCUGAUGGUAAAAAUGACUGAAACAAUGUUCGACGAUGUAAUUAAAGUGAACUUAAAAGGUACCUACUUAAUGACGCAAGCUGUAACUAAACUUAUGAUGGAAAAGCAGGUACAAAGUGGAUCAGUUGUUAAUAUUUCAAGUGUAUCAGCUAAAGGUAAUUUAGGGCAAUGUAAUUAUUCUGCUUCUAAAGCUGGCGUUGAAGGAUUUACAAAAUCUGCUGCCAUUGAGUUGGCUCGUCAUAACAUUCGAUGUAAUGCUGUGGUUCCUGGUUUUAUAAAUACUCAGAUGUUGAGUACAAUACCUGAUAAAGUUAUGGAAAAAGUUGUAAAAAGUAUUCCUCUCCAGAGAUUAGGUGAACCAGAAGAGAUUGCUGAGGUUUGUGCCUUCCUAGCUUCCAAGAGAAGCUCUUAUGUAACUGGAAGCAUAAUUCAAGUUUCAGGCGGUCUUAUGCUUUAAUAUAAAACUGAAACCUGUAAUACGUUUAAAAUAAAUUGUAGAUAUGAGUACACCUGAAGUAUUUUUUAUAAUAUUUCAUUUUCUUUUAAGUAAUUUCUGCAAUUUUUAGUUUUAUCAUUUUUCCUGAAAAUUAAAGUGUCUAUUGAUUUUGAUGUGUAUAUUGUUUUUGCUCUGCAUUCUUUACAAUAUUAAUUUAAACAAAAUAUGCUGGCUUAAAAUAUUAUCCUACCUUUAGCUUUAAAACUCCUUAUUGUUAUUUAAAUAUCCACGUCUUGAGAAUGCAUAAAUUGUGAUUUUUUUUAAAAUUACUUAAUUAAGGUGUGGAGCUGAAUCCUUACUAGAAAUAUGCAGCUAUAGAACUGAAAAAUUUUGCACUUUUCUGUUUUGGUAAAAUGGCAACACCACUUUUAUUGAACUUUGCGUAUUCAGAUAUGUUAAAGACAGAAUCAGCUUAGCUAAAAUUUUGUCAAGGUCUGUAUUGUGGAAGCAUUAAAAUGUUUAAUACUUUUAAAA